AUGGCUGACAUUCAGACUCACCUCGUUACCGGUGGGAGCGGCUUUAUCGCGCAACACCUAAUCAAUGGACUGUUACUAAAGGGCUUUUGUGUACAUACAACGGUGCGCAGCCUCAACAACGCCAAAAAGGUCGAGGCUUUGAAGGCGCUGCAGGAGAACUACCCGGCCGGUCGACUAAAGCUUUUCGAAGCUGAUCUGCUCAAAUGGGGCUCAUUCAAAGAGGCGAUGCAGCAAUGCACUGUAGUCCACCAUGUCGCAUCGCCUUUCAUGAUGGCAGAGAAGAUCAAAGACGGUCAAAAAGAAUGUGUUGAACCUGCACUGAAAGGAACCCAGAACGUAUUAGCCACAGUUGGGGAAACAGAAUCAGUCAAGCGGGUUGUGCUUACAUCCACAAUCGGUGCGAUAUUCGGCGAUUACGCCGACGUUCAAGAUGAGAUGGCAGGGACCCUAUCCGAAAAAUAUUUCAACGAGACCAGUACGGUGGAACAUAACCCCUAUCAUUAUUCCAAAGUGUUGGCAGAAAAAGAGGCAUGGAAAAUUGCCAAGCAACAAGAUCGAUGGGAUAUGGUGGUUAUUUGCCCGGGUCUGGUUCUUGGCCCGCCAUUGUCUAAAGGCUCCGACUCGGGCAGCCUGUACCUCAUAGAUGAGCUCCUGCGCGGGGAACUGUUCUUCGGCGUGCCCAACAUCAAUUUCGCCACUGUGGACGUGCGGGACGUGGCAACAGCCCACAUCAAAGCAGCAGAGACGCCAUCGGCUAAUGGCCGGUAUAUUGUAGCGGCCAAGGAAAUGGCGACGUUUUUGGAAGUCUCGCGGCUUUUCCGGAGACUGAGCAAGUCUCCGGUCGUCCCUAAUCACCAGCUCCCCGACUUCCUCGUUCGUUUAGUGGGACCUUUGUUUGGACUUACCCAGAAGUGGAUUUCGAGAAACUUAGGGGUCAGGUUCACCGUGGACAAUAGUCGGACGAUCACCGAGUUGAACAUUGACUUCCGGCCGCUUGAGAAGACCCUCACUGAUCAUUACCAGGCUUGGAAAGCCUCUCGGAAGUAA